GCACGUGUGUUGCUUUAAGACAAGAGGUUAGGCAGCCAAUCAGAUUCCAGCUCUACGUCUGGAGGAGUGGAGCGUCUCUGCCGCAGCUGAACCAAACCUCGCCUUUUUUUUUCUUGGAACAUCUAAACAAAAAGGCCUACAAAAUCAAGCACGUAUAUGAAAAGGGGACAAAGUGGACGACCAUCAACAUGACAGAAACAGCCAAAACUCACGUUAUAUUGCUUUCCUGCGGAAGCUUCAACCCCAUAACAAAGGGACACAUUCAUAUGUUCGAAAAAGCCAGAGAGUUCCUGCACAAGACAGGACGCUUCAUAGUGAUCGGCGGGAUCAUUUCACCUGUACACGACUCCUAUGGCAAACCGGGUCUUAUUUCAAGCAGACACCGGCUCACCAUGUGUCAGCUGGCAGUGCAGUCAUCUGACUGGAUCAGGGUCGACCCUUGGGAAUGUUAUCAGGACACCUGGCAAACUACCUGCAGUGUACUGGAACACCACCGAGAUCUUAUGAAGAGAGUAACAGGAUGCAUUCUAUCUAAUGUGAACACACCCUCUACAACUCCUGUGAUUGGCCAGCCCCAGAACACCACUUCUCCAAUCUACCAGAACAAUAACUCCUCGAACAAACCCACAGCUGUUAAGCUGUGGGGAAAGAUGAGUGAGAGUUUGGGCAAAAUCUGCUGUGUUCGCCCGCAUGUGGAGCGCUUCACGUUUGUUGAUGAAAACGCAAACCUCGGGUCCACAAUGCGUUACGAAGAAAUCGAAUUGCGUAUCCUGCUCCUGUGUGGAAGUGAUCUACUGGAGUCCUUCUGCAUUCCUGGGCUUUGGAACGAGAGUGAUAUGGAGGUGAUUGUAGGUGACUUCGGGAUCGUGGUGGUGCCUCGGGAUGGAACUGACACAGAAAGGAUAAUGAAUCCUUCCUCUGUGCUUCGUAAGCACACGGGCAAUAUCAUUGUGGUGAAGGACGAUAUGAACCAUCCUAUGUCAGUUGUUAGUUCAACUAAAAGCAGACUGGCCCUCCAGCAUGGAGACGGCCACGUGGUGGACUACCUGACUCAGCCGGUGAUUGACUACAUCCUGCAGAACCAGCUUUACAUCACCGCGUCUGGAUAGAAGAGAGGAUGCAAGCGGAUGCUUCUCUUUAAGCUGCCCCGUCCGUCUCCCUGUGUGUGAAUAACAGUGUAGUCCUGCCUCACUCUACCACUGCUUUUUCCAUAUAGAGGAGUGUAACCUAUCUGUCAUCCUUUCUAACUGUAUCAUAGUGACCUGUCAGGAGUAAUGGUGCACUGCAUUGUGCCAAACAGACUCGCCCUGUACCAAUGCAGUGCUAGGAAAUGGAGCAGGUGGACAUAGUGAUCUAACGAUGUGAGGGAAAGGGAUCUUUAAAUAACAGAAAAUUAAAAUGAAGAAGGAGUAAUACAGAAAUUGUUACCGGCUUGAAUGUUGGCCUUGCUGUCAGUUUGAUACUGUCCUUUCCUCUAAUUGCAUGUCUAGAGGUUUUCUUUUACCGCACGAGUGCUUGAAUAGCAUUGUAGUCUGUAGUCCGCUGUAACAGUGUUUCCAAAGACCAAAAAAAAAAAAGUGCUUAGACGCAUUUCAUCUCUAACUUCAUUUUCUAUUGAAUAUAUGACUGUGUACAAAGAAAUUUGGAUUGCUGUCCUUUUUGCAACUGCAACUAUUACGCUGCACUGUUCUUGUCUUCGAUGUGCAUUCAUGCAUAUGUCAUUUGUAUUUGGUUGCACAUUAAAGAAUGACCUUUCCUUUUG